AUGGAUGUCGACCCCGUAGUCCCGGAUGCGAGUGAGGUUAAAUUCGAAGCAGCUGAAUCUCCCAUUCAGUCGGAACAGGAGACGGUCACAUCGGUGCAUGGCCCUUCGAGCUCUCAGCUACCACCGUCAAGCUCGCAGAUUAACGUGGAUGACAUGGAGCAGGAGUCACCAGCUGUUCAGAAGGUCUUAAAUGACUCCACAACGCCUGCAAGCGUGAACAAGGAUGAUGCGAAGAGGCGUCACAAGGCCAAGGGAACGAGGAAAGCCUCCGAAAGGACCAGCAAGGAUCCUGACAAAGGACGCCCUCACAAGCGGGCUAGGUCUGAUCGCGUUAUUGUAAAACACGAAGAUUUUUAUAUCUUGGACGCCAAUAUUGUCAUCGAGGUUGAUGAGGUGCUGUUCAAGCUUCAUCGAUCGAGGCUGGUCACCAAGUCGUUAUUAUUCGCGCGGCUUCUUGAAAAUCACGAUAAAGAUAUCCCUCCGAACGACGAUGUGUGGGUGGAAACCGAUGGCGAAGCGACGGUGUACCACCUCUGUAACACUACCGCGGAUGACCUUGCGGCUCUGUUGAAGUUCGAUGAUAACCCAAUCGAAUAUUACUUCGAACCUCCCCCGUUCUUAGUUCUUGCCCCCAUCCUCCGCGCAGCGACUGCCCUGCGCUUCGAAUGGUAUCGUGCCUGGGCAGCUCGAAUUCUCGAACAGACAUGGUCAUCAAACCUGGUGGAUUUGACCUCCGAGCGGAAGGAAAAUGCUGCAGAAGUUAUUGUUCUUGCUCGUUCAUGUGGCGUGAAUAGUGGUAUGAAGCGUGCCUUGUACGAACUUGCCAGGACCCGACGGAUUGGUCUGCCCGACGACGACGUUUCUGGGCAGCCAAGGCUCAAGCGGAUCGGUCGUGCAGACGAAAGGCGUGUGGCGCUCGUGAGAGAGUUCUUGGUCACCACCUGGUCAAGGGUCGCUGUGCGAAUUGACACAUUUCCCUGCCUGGACGAAAAAUGGAAGGCAUCACUACGAGAUACUGCAAAGAUAUGUCCACAAAAGAGGGCCCAACAGGCUACCUGGGACAUACGUGUUCAUGACUCUGGGCUGUACACAAGAUUUCUAUUCGAUCCAGUUUGUGGUGUUCAGGCGUUGAUCGACAUUCCGUGGGAGGAGGAAGAAUGGUGCUCGGAUUGUAUCCAGUUAAGACGAGCUGCUUGGACGAUGAUACGACAAGAGCUUUGGAAUGACAUGGACAAGUAUAUUGCUGAUAACGAGUGA